AAGGGCUGGGGGUGGAAGCGGCGCGGCCCGAUAGCGCGGGUGUGGCCCUUACCCGCCUUCCCGCGGAGCGCCGGCGGGAAGUCCUGCUCCUGCCCGCCACCUGGUCCUUCCUCUCGUCCUCUCGUCCCUCUCGCGGGCUCCCAAUGGGCCGGACCGUGGUCGUGCUGGGCGGAGGCAUCAGCGGCUUGGCCGCCAGUUACUACCUGAGCCGGGCUCCGUGUGCCCCCAAGGUGGUCCUGGUGGAGGGCAGUGAGCGUCUGGGAGGCUGGAUCCGCUCUGUACGAGGACCGGACGGUGCUGUCUUUGAACUUGGACCUCGAGGAAUUCGGCCGGCGGGAGCGCUGGGAGCCCGGACCCUGCAGCUGUUUCUCCUCUUCCCGAGGACGUGCGGAGAGCAGGUUUCCGAGCUUGGCUUGGGCUCAGAAGUGUUACCUGUCCGCGGAGACCAUCCCGCUGCCCAGAACAGGUUCCUGUACGUGGGCGGGGCUCUGCAUGCCCUGCCCUCUGGCUUCAGGGGGCUUCUCCGCCCUUCACCUCCCUUCUCCAAACCUCUGCUUUGGGCUGGGCUGAGGGAGCUGACCACGCCCCGGGGCAAAGACCCUGAUGAGACUGUGCACAGUUUCGCCGAGCGCCGCCUUGGACCUGAGGUGGCGUCUCUAGCCGUGGACAGUCUCUGCCGCGGAGUGUUUGCAGGUAACAGCCGCGAGCUGAGCGUCAGGUCCUGCUUCCCCAGUCUCUUCCGAGCUGAGCAAACCCAUCGUUCCGUGUUGCUGGGGCUGCUGCUGGGGGCAGGGCGGAGCUCGCAGCCUGACUCGGCCAUCAUUCGCCAGGCCCGAGCUGAGCGCUGGAGCCAGUGGUCACUCCGUGGAGGGCUGGAGAUGCUGCCCCAGGCACUCGCCACCCAGUUGACUCAUAGGGGAGUCAGUGUUCUCAGAGGCCAGCCAGUCAGUGGGCUCAGCCUCCAGGCGGAAGGGCGCUGGAAGGUGUGUCUAGGGAACCGCAGCCUGGAGGCUGACCAUGUCAUUAGUGCCGUUCCAGCAUCAGUGCUCAGCAAGCUGCUGCCUGCGGACGCUGCACCCCUGGCUCGUGUUCUGGGCACCAUCACUGCAGUAUCCGUGGCCGUGGUGAACCUGCAGUACCGACGAGCCCGUCUGCCUGUCCAGGGAUUUGGACAUUUGGUGCCGUCCUCAGAAGACCCGGGCGUCCUGGGAAUUGUAUACGACUCAGUGGCUUUCCCCGAGCAGGAUGGCAGCCCCCCCGGCCUCAGAGUGACUGUGAUGCUAGGAGGUUCCUGGUUUCAGACGCUGGAGGCCAAGGGCUCUGCCGUGUCUCAGGAAGCGCUCCGACGGCAGGCACAGGAAGCUGCUGCCACACAGCUGGGGCUGAAGGAGCCGCCAAGUCACUGCUUGGUCCACACGCACAGGAACUGCAUCCCCCAGUAUACGCUAGGCCACUGGAAAAAACUGGACUCAGCUGCCCAGUUUCUGGCCGCUCAGAGGCUGCCCCUGACUCUGGCCGGCGCUUCCUAUGAGGGGGUUGCCGUGACUGACUGCAUAGAGAGCGGGCGGCGCGCGGCAGCCCGGGUCCUGGGCUCAGAACCCAGCAGCUAAGCCUCACCCCACCCCUCCCUGCCCGGCUGGCAGGGCGUCUGUCACCCAUGAAAAUAAAAGUUGUUGGAGCACG